GCCGCUGCAACGAUUAACCCAAAGGCUUUCCCGCUUGCGGACGCUGAAUUAACAAAUCAGAUACUCGAUCUGGUCCAGCAAGCUAUGCACUAUAAACAGUUAAAAAAAGGUGCUAACGAAG